AUGAAGAGAAAUCAAACAAAGGAUAAAACUAAACAACAAGAAACAAAACCAUCAAACAAGACAGCACAACCUAUAACAAGUGAUGAAGAGACUGAUGAUACACUUGUAAUCGAUCAAUCAGUUACAAAAAAGAAAGAACAAAAUGGAGUAAAGAGUAAUGAUCAAAAACAACAAAAUGGAGAAACCAAUACUUCUACAACUACUACUGCAACUGCUACUUCUGCAGCAGCUUCUACUUCUGUUGAUACUUCAGUAGAUACAAAGAAAUCAACAAACAAAUACAAGACAGUAAUUAAAUUUACAUUACUAUUUUUAAUGGUACCAUUACUCUUUUCAAUGCCACUUAUCCUAAGAAGUGCAGGAGAGGCAGUAGCGAAUAAUCGCGAGUACCUCUACUACAUUUGGGCACUGUAUGCAGUGAUUUGGGCAGCAUUGAUCUAUAACAAGAGAAAGACGACAUCGAUCUCAUCUUUUGUCAACCACAAUCUCCAAUGGCUUAUCGCUGCUCUUGGAGCCUUUAUCGUGCUUGAUAUCCCCAAGAUGAUCCAACAAGUGGAUCUCAGACGUGAGGUCUUGUUUGUAUGGUGCACUCUUACUUGGAUCCCCAACAUUAUCCUCUACUACUUUGACGACACCAACUACUAUGACAAGGAAGCAAAGGAAGAGGAACGUUCACAGAGAAAGAAGAAAAAGGACGAAGAGAAGCGUGCCAAGCUCGAAGAAAAGAGACGUCGUCGUCAACAAGAACGUAUGGAUCGUUACACACCAAACCAAAGAAUGCUAUUGAAUGCCUCCAUCUACUUUGGCAUUGCCCUUUUGGUUGCCCUUUUGGCAUGGCAAACUUAUCGUUGGUAUCUAAAGACUCAACAAAAUAUCGAAGAAAGAAUUAGAUUAACUCCUGGUCAUGUUGAACCUGAACCAGAAUUCCAUUUUGAUGAUUAA